UGAUCUUAGUGAAAAUCAGAUUCAAGCAAUACCAAGGAAGGCAUUUCGAGGAGCAGUAGACAUAAAAAAUCUGCAACUGGAUUACAACCAGAUCAGCUGUAUUGAAGAUGGGGCAUUUAGGGCUCUGCGCGACCUGGAAGUGCUCACUCUCAACAAUAACAACAUUACUCGACUGUCUGUGGCAAGUUUCAACCAUAUGCCAAAACUCAGAACAUUUCGUCUUCACUCCAACAACCUCUACUGUGAUUGCCACCUGGCCUGGCUGUCUGACUGGCUGCGGCAGCGGCCACGGGUUGGGCUCUACACCCAGUGCAUGGGGCCAUCCCACCUGCGGGGGCACAACGUAGCCGAGGUCCAAAAACGGGAGUUUGUCUGCAGUGGUCACCAAUCCUUCAUGGCUCCAUCCUGCAGUGUCUUGCACUGCCCUACUGCAUGCACCUGUAGUAACAACAUUGUGGACUGUCGUGGGAAAGGCCUUACUGAGAUCCCAACGAACCUUCCAGAAACCAUUACUGAAAUACGAUUAGAACAAAAUUCAAUCAAGGUCAUACCUCCUGGAGCUUUCUCACCGUAUAAAAAGCUUCGAAGAAUUGACCUGAGCAAUAACCAGAUCUCUGAAGCAGCUCCAGAUGCUUUCCAUGGCUUGCGUUCACUCAAUUCACUUGUCCUCUAUGGCAAUAAAAUUACAGAACUUCCAAAGGGCCUGUUUGAAGGACUUUUUUCUCUGCAAUUGCUAUUAUUGAAUGCCAACAAGAUCAAUUGCCUGCGAGUUGAUGCUUUUCAAGAUCUGCACAACUUGAAUCUUCUUUCUUUGUAUGACAACAAACUUCAGACCAUUGCAAAAGGCACCUUCUCACCCCUACGUGCAAUCCAGACCUUGCACUUGGCUCAAAACCCAUUUAUCUGUGACUGCCAUCUGAAGUGGCUGGCGGAUUAUCUUCAUACAAACCCCAUUGAGACCAGUGGUGCCCGUUGCACCAGCCCCCGCCGUCUGGCAAACAAAAGGAUUGGCCAGAUCAAAAGCAAAAAAUUCCGCUGCUCAGCUAAAGAACAGUAUUUCAUUCCAGGCACUGAAGAUUACAGAUCCAAAUUAAGUGGAGACUGCUUUGCAGAUUUGGCUUGCCCUGAGAAAUGUCGCUGUGAAGGGACCACAGUGGACUGCUCCAAUCAGAAACUCAACAAAAUUCCUGAUCACAUCCCUCAGUACACAGCAGAGUUGCGACUAAAUAACAAUGAGUUUUCAGUCCUGGAAGCUACUGGAAUCUUUAAGAAACUUCCUCAGCUGCGUAAAAUAAACCUGAGCAAUAACAAGAUUACUGAUAUCGAAGAAGGAGCAUUUGAUGGAGCCUCUGGUGUGAAUGAGCUAUUGCUCACUAGCAACCGCUUGGAAAGCGUUCGACACAAAAUGUUCAAAGGACUAGAAAGUCUCAAAACACUGAUGCUGAGGAGCAACCGCGUGAGCUGUGUGGGAAACGACAGCUUCACGGGCCUGAGCUCAGUCCGCCUGCUCUCGCUAUAUGACAACCAGAUCACCACGGUGGCACCUGGCUCCUUCGAUACCCUGCAUUCACUCUCUACAUUAAACCUCUUGGCCAAUCCCUUCAACUGCAACUGCCAUCUUGCAUGGCUUGGAGACUGGCUAAGGAAGAAACGCAUUGUGACGGGGAACCCUCGCUGCCAAAAACCCUACUUCCUCAAAGAGAUUCCCAUCCAGGAUGUGGCAAUUCAGGAUUUUACGUGCGAUGAUGGAAAUGAUGACAAUAGCUGCUCUCCACUGUCCCGCUGUCCUGCAGAAUGUACUUGUCUAGAUACAGUAGUUCGCUGCAGCAACAAAGGCCUAAAAGCUUUGCCUAAAGGCAUCCCAAAAGAUGUAACUGAGCUUUAUUUGGAUGGAAAUCAAUUUACACUUGUUCCAAAAGAGCUUUCCAACUACAAGCAUUUAACACUCAUAGAUUUAAGUAACAACAGAAUCAGCACUCUUUCUAAUCAGAGCUUCAGCAACAUGACUCAGCUGCUCACCUUAAUUCUUAGUUACAACCGCCUGAGGUGUAUCCCUGCACGGACUUUUGAUGGGUUGAAAUCACUUAGGUUGUUGUCAUUACAUGGAAAUGAUAUUUCUGUUGUUCCUGAAGGAGCUUUUAAUGAUCUUUCAGCAUUGUCACACCUGGCUAUUGGAGCAAAUCCUCUUUAUUGCGAUUGUAACAUGCAGUGGCUAUCUGACUGGGUAAAAUCAGAAUACAAAGAACCUGGUAUUGCACGUUGUGCUGGUCCUGGAGAAAUGGCAGACAAACUUCUUCUCACAACUCCUUCUAAAAAAUUUACUUGCCAAGGGCCCAUGGAUGUUAAUAUUCUUGCUAAGUGUAACCCCUGUUUAUCAAAUCCAUGUAAAAAUGAUGGAACCUGCAACAAUGAUCCAGUAGACUUCUAUAGAUGUACUUGCCCGUAUGGUUUCAAGGGUCAAGACUGUGAUAUUCCCAUUCAUGCUUGCAUUAGUAACCCGUGCCACCAUGGCGGAACUUGCCAUUUGAAAGAAGGAGAAAAAGAUGGUUUCUGGUGCACUUGUGCAGAUGGAUUUGAAGGUGAAAACUGUGAAGUAAAUGUUGAUGACUGUGAAGACAAUGACUGUGAGAAUAAUUCUACUUGUGUGGAUGGAAUUAAUAACUAUACUUGCCUUUGUCCACCUGAAUAUACAGGUGAGCUCUGUGAGGAGAAACUAGAUUUCUGUGCUCAAAACCUGAAUCCUUGCCAACAUGACUCAAAGUGUAUUCUGACACCCAAAGGAUACAAAUGUGAUUGCACACCUGGAUAUGUAGGUGAGCAUUGUGAUAUUGACUUUGAUGACUGCCAGGACAACAAAUGUAAAAACGGAGCACAGUGUACUGAUGCAGUUAAUGGAUAUACGUGUAUUUGCCCAGAAGGAUACAGUGGCUUGUUUUGUGAGUUUUCACCACCAAUGGUUCUACCUCGCACCAGCCCUUGUGAUAAUUAUGAAUGUCAAAAUGGAGCCCAGUGUAUCAUAAAAGAGAGUGAACCAAUCUGUCAGUGUUUAUCAGGCUACCAGGGUGACAGAUGUGAAAAGCUGGUCAGUAUAAACUUUGUCAACAAAGAAUCCUAUCUACAAAUCCCUUCAGCCAAGAUACGUCCCCAAACCAAUAUCACUCUACAGAUUGCCACAGAUGAAGACAGUGGGAUCCUGCUCUACAAAGGCGAUAAAGAUCAUAUAGCGGUAGAGCUGUACCGAGGUAGAGUGAGGGUCAGUUAUGACACAGGAUCUUAUCCAGCCUCUGCUAUUUACAGGUGA